GAGACAAAUUGAAACGACGUCGUUGCUCGAAGUCGUUCCUGGAACCCCCAAACGUUACAAAUCUCUGGUUUUCACGUUUCAGGGUUGAAAAUUCACACGUUUCUUUUGGAAUUCGUGACACCACCUACCUUUCACCUUCAUCACCAUGGCUUCAAUCAACCCCUUUUGGAUUUUUUCUUUCGCUUUUCUCCUCCUCGCUUCCCCUCUUCUCCAAGUUGCUAGGUGCCAAUCAGACUCGGACGAUGCUGUUGAGACCACUGAAGAAUCAAGUGAUAUUGGCAUUGUUGAUGACGAUGUGCAGGACUUCGGUGAUGGGGCCUUCCCUUCUGCUCCGGGAAUUGAUACAAUAUGUGUGUUUCCCAGAAAUAGCGCAAGAUUGAUAACUGCUGGAGAAGAGACGGAGCUGCUAGUUGGUGUAAAAAAUGAUGGACUGAAAACAGAGGAUUCAAGCUUGAAUGUUAUAGCGAUCAAGGCUAGUAUUCACCUUCCUUUUGAUCAUCGUCUGCUGGUUCAAAAUCUUACUGCUCAGGGUUUCAACAAUGGUUCUGUACCAGCGUCAGCACAGGCUACUUUCCCAUAUUUAUUUGCAGUUAGUAAGUUCUUGCAGCCUGGAACUUUUGAUCUUGUGGGAACGAUUAUAUAUGAGAUUGAUGACCAACCAUUCCAAAAUACCUUCUUUAAUGGCACUGUUGAAGUUCUUGAAUCUGGUGGUUUUCUUAGCAUGGAAUCUGUUUUCCUUGUUACUCUUGGGGCUGCUCUACUCGUCCUCCUGGGGCUAUGGAUUCAUGGUCAAAUACAACACCUAUCUAAGAAAACAAAAAGGGCUCCAAAAGUUGAAGUGGGGACUAGGGCUACUGACGCGUCAACAGAUGAAUGGCUACAGGGAACUGCAUAUACUCAGUCUCUGUCAAGCAAGUCAAAGAAGAAGAAGUAGGCAACCAAUUUCUCAAGUUCAGCCACACAUGGAGUACAGAAUCCUGUAACAGACUAGGUUUGAGUUUGAGCGAGCAUGAGGAAGUAGUUCUGAAAUUUUGGCUGAAAGAGACCUACCUUUCCUGUUGUAGCUUAAAAGAAUUAUAACCUUUUUUUUUUUUUUAAUUUUCCUUCCAAUGAAGUUGAGCUUUUUCUAAAUUAAAUUAACAGGAAUCUGAGUUAGGAAGGAUACAACUUUUGAGAUGUGGCAGAAUUUUUGUUAGAUAAUGUUUAUUUUAUCUAUAUUUUGUGUUCAUUGUGGG